AUGGUUUGCGACUCUGGGAUGAACGUCGACAUUGCAGUGGCAUUGUUUGAAAAGGGCUAUGCGGAGGCCAGCGUGCAAGAGGCGAUAAAGUCCUGCUCAACUCUCGAGGAGGCCAUGUCGUUCCUGAACCCAAAGCACAAGCAGACCAAGGUGCACGACUCGACUGUUCAAGGGGCCGGUGACAGGCCACGUCGGCGCGCGACAGGGAAGAAGGCCCAGACCGGAAGUGUGGCCGGAGCUCCCUGUACUGGCCCCACCGAGACGUCCGCAGCAGAGCAGGUGCCGCUGACUGUGGGCAACUCUACGCUGCUGCAACGCGUCAUGGAGCGGCAGCCGAAGUCCAAAACGUGUGAGGAGUUAAGCGCAUCUGCCGCGCCCACACCGUCUGAAACAGUUUCCUCGGGUGACAGUGUGGCUGCCCCAACACCUGUGGAGCCAGAGAAGCCAAGCGCGGACGCCGCGGAGGCCAUGGAGGCGGUCGAAGUUUCCAUGGAAGCCGAGGAAGCGCCUCCACCUCCGCCUGUGCCAGUGCGCUCAAUUGAGCCCAACGAGCACGGCAUGAAGUGGUGGCGAGAGGCAGCCGCCCGAUGGCCCAAGAUCUACCAGAACUUGAGGUUGGAAGCUUCUCUCAGCAUCCUCAGGCCCGAAUGCCGGGAGGUCACCGACUAUUUGGGCUCCGUGCAUUUCGGGGAGUCGGCCAACAGAACGCCCGUGCGGAAGCGCACGAUGGAGGAGCAGGCCAGCACCAACGGGAAGAAGAAGCGGCAGGAGGGAGCAUCUGCAAUGGGCGUGUUGCCCACUCCCUCCAGAUCUUCUAACGAUGGCUGCCGCAGUCCGCAAGCCAUGCGCUUGAAUUCCAACGCGGAUGUGUGCAAGAUCUGCUGCUGCGACACUUCGCCGUGGCGGUCCGUGCGUUUGGGCUGUGGUCACGGCUGGUACUGUGCAUCCUGCAUGCUGCGGCACGCCGAGGCCCGCUUGGAAAUGGGCGCGGCUUCCAUCACGUGUCCCGAGUGCUCAUCGGUCCUCGCUGAACGAGAUCUGAGGAAGCUCCUCCCCACCGAAACGAUCGAUCGGCUCCUGGCACGGAGCCUGGAGCAGGCCGUGUCCUCUUCAGCGAACAUCCGUGCCUGCCCAACGCCGAAUUGCGUCAUGCGGGUCGCCAUCGAAGAGGGCGACAUCACGAAGUUCAAGUGUACCAUCUGCAAGAAGGAGUCAUGCCUUCGCUGUGGACGACAGCCGUUCCACAGAGGGAUGACGUGCGAGGAGUACGCCGAAAAGCUGAAAAACUCAACCCGGGCUGCCAAGAAGGAGCGUCAGGCUGACCAGCUCUUUGAGCAGUGGAUGGAGAAGACGGGCUCAAAGCAGUGCCCGACAUGCCGCAUGGCCGUCACGAAACAGAAUCUUGACAAGCAGAAAACACAGUACUCCGAAUGUCACAAGAUGAGCUGCCGGAACUGUGGAACUAAGUUCUGCUUCAAGUGUCUGGCGAUUCUUACAGACAGUUACACGUGCGGAUGCACUAUUGAUGCCCACGGCUUCAUUGACCCAGUGACGGGCAAGAUCGUGAAGCACCUGAAGAAGAGGGCCAAGAAAUGA